AUGUAUUCAGGAAAUGAUGGUAUUUACUGUGGAAGAGCCUCAUUAAGUGUGAUCAAUGAAAGCUUAUUUUUCUUUCUUUUUUUUUCUCUGCAGGCAUUCAGCAGUAGAGGUCAACACAGCAUCUCCUACACAUUAUCCCGAAAUCAGACCGUUGUUGUGGAAUAUUCUCAUGAUAAAGACACAGAUAUGUUUCAGAUUGGAAGGUCAACAGAAAGCCCCAUUGACUUUGUCGUGACGGACACAAUUUCUGGUAACCAGAAUGAUGAGACUCAGAUCACACAAAGUACCAUUUCCAGGUUCGCUUGCCGAAUAGUCUGCGAUAGGAAUCUACCAUACACAGCUAGAAUUUAUGCCGCAGGAUUUGACUCCUCCAAAAAUAUAUUUCUCUCGGAGAAAGCAGCUAAGUGGAAGAAUCCUGAUGGUCACAUGGAUGGAUUAACCACCAAUGGUGUACUUGUAAUGCAUCCAAAAGGAGGUUUCACUGAGGAAUCUAAGCCUGGUGUAUGGAGAGAAAUUUCAGUCUGCGGUGAUGUGUACACUCUCAGAGAAACCAGAUCAGCUCAGCAGAGAGGAAAACUUGUGGAAAAUGAAACCAACAUUCUUCAGGAUGGUUCUCUUAUUGACUUAUGUGGGGCUACCUUGCUCUGGAGAACAGCAGAUGGCUUGUUUCAUGCACCAACUCAAAAACACAUUGAAGCCCUGAGACAGGAGAUAAAUGCAGCGAGACCUCAGUGCCCUGUUGGAUUAAACACUCUCGCUUUUCCUAGUAUGAACCGCAAGGAUGUAGUGGAAGAGAAACAGCCUUGGGCUUACCUAACCUGUGGCCAUGUGCAUGGAUAUCACAAUUGGGGUCAUCGAAGUGAUGCAGAAGCCAACGAGCGGGAAUGUCCCAUGUGUCGAACAAUUGGGCCCUAUGUGCCUCUGUGGCUGGGCUGCGAAGCUGGCUUUUAUGUAGAUGCUGGUCCUCCUACACAUGCUUUCAGCCCUUGUGGACACGUGUGUUCAGAGAAGACUGCCAAAUACUGGUCUCAGAUCCCGCUUCCUCAUGGUACCCACGCAUUUCACGCUGCCUGCCCAUUCUGUGCAACACAGUUGACUGGCGAGGAAAGCUGCGUUAAACUUAUUUUCCAGGGACCCGUUGACUGA